UUCUUCUCACACUUAUCGAACAUAAUGAUUAAAUGUCGAAACACAACAUCCACUCGAUAUGUUUGAAAAAUCUCCAAUAAACAGAACUCUCUUGAAAAUUCGGUUCGACAACCCACAACAGCAACGGUGGCUACUAACGUUGUCAACAACAACAUCAGCAGCAAUAGCAGCAGCAACGAACCGAGGAUGACGCGAGACGGCGAAAUACCUGCUAUCUUCAAUCCCAAACAGCAUCGUGUUCGCACGCCCUCCGUUGUGGUAACGGGCGACUCGCCCAAUGGUCCAUAUGGAGGCGGCUUUACCAACAUACUCAAUGCAAGCAAUCCUCAAAUAACCCACCAAGACUCAAUAUCGUCUAGCCAACAAGAUCCUAAUGAAGUUAUUACCAUACAUCCUGAAUCAUCCUGUACAGUUCCUGCGGCAAGAGGUGGUGGCGGUGCCGGCGGUGGUGGAACAACAGGUGCCGGUGGCCCCAGUGGUGGCAUCGAUACCGACUCGCCCACCACCGAAGCUGGCCAAAAUGACAAUGCAACAACUCGUUUUCCCCGCCUUAAAGCCUGUCGAGAGACCUGCUGCUCCGAAUUGGCACAAAAAAUGUAUUUCGGUGUUUGUGUCACCAUCCUGGUCACGGCGUCCUGGGUGGGGGCAACGCACUGCAUUAAAUUCCUAUAUCUAAAUCGCAGCACAUACAUGACGGCAAUCGAUGACAUCGAUUCAUUGGCCGUCGAUGAAUUGGACUUUGUGACCGACAUACAGGGCAUUGAGUUGGGCAUUGAUUCACUGCUGCCGGUUAACGAUCACACGCUCAGUCUGGAGGAUGUUGAGGAUGCCACAAAAAUAUUCAGUAUACCACCAGAAACCCCAAAGCAGGCGAAUAUUUUUAGUGCUCCCUUCUUUGCGGCUUGGUUUUUCACAAAUUUCUCGCUGUUGUUUUUCCCCAUCUAUGUACUGGGGAGAAUAUCGUUGAGAAAAUGUGAUAAGCCAGGCGAGAUCCUGGGUGAUAUUUUGAGGGGAUUCCGAGAUCGGGGGUUCACUAUAGGACGUUUUCUUAAUCGCUGCCUAUCAUUUUGUAUACUAUGGCUUUUAACCACUUACCUUUAUACGUUAUCUCUGCGUGUCUUAUUUGCCACCGAUGCUAUGGCCUUGUUUGCCACCAAUGUGGCAUGCGUUUACCUGCUGUCCUGGGUGAUACUGCACGAGCAGUUUGUGGGCGUGAGGAUUGUUGCUGUUAUUCUCUGUGAUACGGGUAUCGCAUUGCUGGCGUACAUGGAUGGUAUUACGGAAAGUCCGACACUAAGUGGGGUGGUUUUGGCCACCUUGGCAGCCGCCUGUUAUGCCGUCUUUCGAGUCAUGUUUCGCAAAGUGAUGGGCGAUCCACCGGUUGGACAAAUUGCGUUUGCCUUCACAACGCUGGGCUUUCUCAACGCUCUACUCAUGUGGCCAAUAUGUGUGGCAUUAUAUUUGACGGGAACGGAAAUAAUGCCAUCGGAUCGUAUGCCUUGGAUUAUUUUAUUGAUUGCCAGUAUAUUGUUAUUGGUGUUUCACAUUCUAAUGCAAUUUAGCUCGGCUGUUACCUACAAUAUGUUCGUUACAUUAGGUUUAAUUACUGCUGUUCCUGUGUCCGGAGCUUUGGAUGUUGUCCUGUACGGUGCUACAUUUGCUGGCAUGAAAUUGGCCGGUGUCAUUUUGAUUGCGGUGGGUUUCUUUUUGGUAAUGUUUCCUGAGAAUUGGCCGGACUAUAUAACACGUCUAUUAAGAAAAAGUGGUCGUGCUAUACUGCGUUAUCAAUGUUGUUGUGAGUUAGCCGAAAUUCACUACACCCAUUCGAAAUAUCAUCUUAUUGGGUCACAACGCGAGAUGGGGUCGAGGUCCUCGCCACGGUUCGUUAGCCGGUCAUCAUCCCACCAUUAUCGAUUAUCGGACGGGAUACAUAAGGUCCCAUCUUCGGUCACCCUCUGGCCGUGUGAGAUGACUGAUUUGUCGCCAACUGGGUUUCUACAGCAACAAAGCAAUCAUAAUACAACAGGUACAACAACUACAACCGCCAGCAGUAGUAGCCGACAUCAGCAGCAGCAACAACACCACCUCCAUCAUCAUCAUCAUCAUGGUGGUCAUGUCCCACACGGACAUGGUCAUUUGUAUUCAAGCCUAUCGCUUUCAUCUUCCGGCGGUGGUGGUGGCAUUGGUAUUCCCGGUAUUGUGGGAUCAACUUCGGCUGGUAUUGGAGGCAGUAGUGGCGGAUCUGUGCACCAUGCUACAAACAGUCAUAGCAGCAGCAUACGUGCUCCUCCAGUUGGCAGUGGUGGUGGCCGUUUAUUUUCAUAUUUUGGCAAUGAUCACGAACAUGAACGUAAAAAAUCUGAAACAUCAUUUUUCAAUUUGGGUUUUCGUCGUAAAUCUACAGUGGUUUAUUAUGCGGCCACCGACUAAUCCCGCAGAUGGCGAGGCAACGGCAAUGGCAGCGCGGACAACUGCAAUGCUCAUUAAGUCCCUGAUUGGCUUUAUAACCAUUUAAUAUGGCGUCGGCGGCAGGGACAAUAAAUUGUAUCGUAAUUUAAGUAAAAAAAAAGUAUUGAAAUAAGCACACACACACAUCCAUACAAAUCCAGGCAAUUAUUAUCAAAUUAAAAAAAAUAAAUACAAAAACAUUCGAAGUUAGUAAGAUUGUGGAUGAAAAUUUAAACAAUGUUUUAAAAAAUAUUCGUCUUUAAAAGAAUCAAUGUUUAUUAUUAAG